GUAAGCCAGUGUCUGGCCCCGGGAAGACCUGGGUAUUCAGGACAGUUGGCCAGGGGACACAGUGCAGACCAUACAAAAGCUCAGCGUGCCAUUCACUGUACCGCACUUGGAAGGGCCCCCGACUCCUCUCCAAUUCUACAGAGACUGGGUGUGUCCCAACAGGCCCUGCAUCAUCCGGAAUGCCCUGCAUCACUGGCCUGCCCUAAAGAAGUGGACAUUCUCCUACCUCAGGUGGGAGCUGCCCCUAUUUUGGAAUGGGGUGGGGACAUUGUUCCACCAGGCGUCAGGAGGUCUGGGCCGUGGCCUGUGGACUGCUCGUGUGUUCCUACAGGGCCACAGUGGGCAACACAGAGGUGAGCGUGGCUGUGACACCGGAUGGGUACGCAGAUGCGGUGUGUGGGGACCGGUUUGUGAUGCCUGCAGAGCGGCGGCUGCCUCUGAAAGCGGUGAUUGAUGUGCUGGAGGGCCGGGCCUAUCACCCUGGGGUGCUCUAUGUGCAGAAGCAGUGCUCUAACCUUUCCUGCGAGCUGCCCCAGCUGCUGCUUGAUGUCGAAUCCCAUGUGCCCUGGGCCAGUGAAGCUCUAGGGAAGAUGCCUGACGCUGUGAACUUCUGGCUGGGGGAAGAAGCAGCAGUGACAUCCUUGCACAAGGAUCACUAUGAGAACCUCUACUGUGUAAUAUCUGGGGAAAAGCACUUCAUCCUGCACCCUCCCAGUGACCGGCCUUUCAUCCCCCAUGAGCUGUACACACAAGCCACCUACCACAUGUCUGAGGAUGGCUCCUUCAAGAUGGUGGAUGAAGAGGCCAUGGAGAAGGUACCUUGGAUCCCGCUCGAUCCCGUGGCUCCAGACCUGGACCGAUAUCCACUCUACAAGCAGGCUCAGCCCCUGCACUGCACGGUGAAGGCAGGGGAGAUGUUCUACCUGCCCGCUCUCUGGUUUCAUCAUGUGCGCCAGUCUCACGGCUGUAUUGCUGUGAAUUUCUGGUAUGACAUGGAGUAUGACCUCAAGUACAGCUACUACCAGCUUCUGGACUCCCUCUCCAAGGCCAUGGAACUCGCCAGGACGGACCCUGUGUGAGCUCACUUCAUGGGUCUCUUGAAGCCUGUCCAGAGACUGGUUCAGUUUUAGCGAAGCCCCUGGGCCUUCAUCCCCAGGGUGUGACUAAGGUUCCACUUGGGACAGUUUUGCCAAACAGGCCUGGCCUUCGGAGCCCAGGAUGAGCCAGGACCAAGCUGAUCCAAACUCACAGGCCAACCAGAGAUGUGGAAGGACCUGAGGAGGGGCUGUGGAUUGAUGGAGAUGUUCGAGAGGCUGGUUGGGGGACAGGAGGAAGAGGGGUGCUCCUGGAACCAGACUUCUCUGCAAGAACCUUCCUACCACCAGGUUCCUCUGUGAUUGGCAGUAGCUCCAGCCCUGUCCCCUUGCCCUGUGAAGCCCUUCACUAUCUCUGUAAGCUGCAGCCUUGUAACUGGGACUUGUUUGGUUGAGUUCCUAUA